UCGUAUAGUAUAUUGAAUAUAAAAUAUAAUACACUAGGGUUGAUAAGAAGUGGUCCAAAAAGCUUCAAAAAAAUUAAAAAAGAAUUGAAAAAAGGUUCGCCCACUUGCAUAACUCAAUUCAUUCGAUUUGUUUGUUGAGUUUAUCUUUUUCUAGACGAAAUUGGUACAUAAAACAGUGCUGCUCAAAAAAGUAAGAGUGUUUUCAAAACUAGAGGUGAGUGACAAACGGAACGUAACAUGAGCCGUCCUCGUAUUCCAUAUUCAAACCACUCCUUCAAUUUUACAGAGAUUUUUUGCAUUCGAAUUUGGAUUAAUACCAGCGCAUUCCAAUGACCGUAAUUUCCGCCUUCGUCAUCCUGACCAUGCCCCGUAACAAGCAGAACGUUCCACCCGAAGACGUCUUACAUCGCAACGUGUUCCCAUGGGUGGCCAUCGCCUCCACAGUGUUAAACGUGCUGCUGGCGAACACUCUGCUUUCGGAGGCAUGGUUCGGCGUCAUAAUGUGGCUGUGUGGCGGACUCGUACUGUUUUGCCGCUGCGAUUGCUGCAACUGCGAAGGUCUAUACCCAUCGUCGAAGGAGCGACUUAGAUUGCAGCCGAAGAAGGAGUGCGCCCAAUACAAUGAUCACAUCGACGCGGUGCUGAUAACGAGAUGACACAACUGCUGCUGCGACGUCAAUUGUUCCGCGGACACUCAUGACGUGUACGAAUCCUACUAUUUUUGCGAAGAAGACGAGUGAACCGGCCUCCUCGCCCACCGAGUGUGCCAUUUGUUCAUCUGUUAAUAAAAGUAUAUUUUCGUGAAUUAAAAUUUAAUGAAUUCUUGCAGGUACUAUAACAACAUAAUUUUGUACCACCGAUCUUUAAUAGAUAAGUACUAACAAUUAAAAAUCUACUCAAA